CGUGCAUCUCGACGAAAUUAUACCCAGCAUCACUCAAUUGCGGUCGUCCACUCGCAGACAGCACAAACGCUUCGGCAGUGAUCCGGCAUGACGAGAUAACCUCUUGCCUUCCUUUCUUUGCAGUGCAGUUCCGACUAGGCCGUACGGCCACCGCCCGCAAUGGCGGCCACCGCAGCUAUAACCAUGGCCCACCAGAUGCCCCCAAUGUCCAUCCCUCAGAUGCCGCGAAUACGACCUCCGAGGAUGCUCAAGGGGACUAAGAGUCCCAAUACAGACCCCCAGCCACCCCUUGGACCUUCUGGUGAAGAUCGAUGGUGGGUGCAGGGUAAAUGGCGAAAACACAAUGCCAAUGCGCUCAAAGAUCGUGCUCAGAUACAGUCUCGUCAAGCUGUUAAAGCGCUACGGCACGGAACUCAUGGCUUGGACAUAUAUGCCUACCGGCAUGUCAGGACGAAUCAAGUCGUUUAUAGCUUGACAAGAACAUUACAGAGCACGAAAGUACUGAACCAACUGGUCUUUCACGGCAAGAAAACUGUACCGUCGUCAGUUCGAACGGAUAUGUGGACGCCGCACUUUUCUAUACAUUUCCCUUCCACACCCGCAGGUGCGCUCGAAGGUCUUUUCGCGUUUCAGAAACUGCGCGAGCUCUCUUUACAAAGGCAACUAUCGCCUCCGGACGACCUGAUAAGGGUUACAGAAGAGGACAUCGCCGUCAUCAAGUCGAAGAUCGGCAAUCCGGUCGAUCAUCAGGAGAUGGCAGCCCGGGAGGAACUGACUGGCAAGAUACCAAAAAUCGGUGAAAUAUUGCCCAAGAAAUUGCACGCACGGAGAUUGAUGGAUCAUAAAGCCACAAGUGUUGCUGACGCUGCGUUUGUGCUCGACUGGAUUAGCUCCGGACCUGGCCCGCUGGAAAGGUUAGUCGAAGUGGCCACAAAUCGAGCCGUAAGACACAGUCAGAAGACGAGGAGAGCUAGGCAGCGAGCCAAUACCAUCCGGAAAGAAGAAACAAGUGAACAGCAGAAGCUAGAAGACCGCGCCUCCUGGGCGUUGGAGGUGCACGAGUCGGACAACCGAAGCCGAUUGCCUCUCAUGCGUGCGGCUUUGGAGCAACUUAGCAUGGAGCACCAGGGGCUUGUCUCCUGCGGCAGGCUUGUCGAGGCCGAGAACAUUCGAGAGCUCAGAGACGCCGUCAAGGAGUGGGAGGCAUUUUAUGAUGGCGAUGCCAGCAAAGUCGACGUGGAAGCGUGGAGUAGAAGGCAGUAUACCUUGAGACAAGCGGAACGCCGCGCCAUCGAGGAGUGGUUCGACCUGCAUGACGUCCCGAUGUCAGAGCAUGGUUCCGUGUGGAAGAACGUUGCCGAGGCCAGGCAAGCUGCUCUCAAUCAGUUCGAGGAGAAGGAAGGGAAGAUUCUUCAGGACAGCGACAAAGGGAAGCCCGACUGGGCAGAGUUGCGCGAAGUCAAGAUGUACUGGGCCGAUCUGAACGACGGGCUCUUUGCCGCAAGUUGGCCACAGAACGUGGUCCACAGCCGUCUUGCGCCUUUCAACGUGGCAAGAGGCCAGCCGCGCCGUCCACAAGGUGCCGCAGGUGCCGUGCUCAAACAGCUAAAGGACGCAAAAAAGACCGAUCAAGCAGAGACGGAACAGACUCGUCAAGAUACGAUCCUAUCCAAGAGCGUGCAUGUCAUCGGUGGAAGACUGGAUGAUGGCUGGAUGCCCGUGGAGUUCGCUAGCGGUGUGAAGCAGCCGGCGCCUUUGCAGCCGAGACAGCCAGACGCCGAGGACCUGGAAGACUCUUAUGCGUAUGAACAGGAUCAAGAGCGCGGACGGGGCACGGCGGGUGAAGAUAUCGCGGCUGUCAGGGAGGACGUCGAGCACUCAAACACUGGCAUUUUGGCUCGUGGUUGGGGUCGUGUGCGCGGAUUCUUUGGACGUCGGAAAAGGGAGUCGACUAUCUAUGAGGACCGGUGAAGUCUGUGAGCGGUCCAUCUUCGUGGCCAGGUGAUUAGCUGGUCGCAGUUGACCAAUCUCGGUCGAUUUCGCCAGAUGCUCCACAAAGCAGGAUCGUGUGCCUUUUGCCUCGAUCAUCAUUGAGACAUGGCCGGCUGAACCUAUCUAAGUCGACUUUCGGACUUGUCACAAAAUCUUCGGUUACAUUCUUGAAAUCUUUGGUAUCAGGAUCUAUAAGAAGUCUGGCACUGGUUAGCUGCGGGUUCACCCAUUGUAUGAUUACCAGCCUGGCGCAUGGAAAUGAGGAUACUGUACGAGCUAGAUGGACGGAUAUCCAAAAAACA